UAUAUCAUGUUUGAUAAAAACAGGAGCUGUGACAUCACGAGGCCCUCUAUCGCCAACGGUGAAUUUUACAACACCAAGAGAAAAUACUAGGUUGGAUUUUGUGCUACUUAACUAUCACCCAAUGAUACAAUUUGAUAACGCCGAAUCUAGUCUGAAAAUUGGAGGUUAUGCCAUCGGCGAGGACAGAACUAACAAUAUCAAUUUCGGACGUCGAGUUGAUAGUGGAACUGGUGUAGACGGACAUGAGCUUCACUGGCUGGACAACGGGGUCUUGCAAACGAAUGACAGCAUGUUUCCUGUACAAAGUGUAGUGUUACAGACACCACGGUAUGACUUCACAGGACUGUUGCUACAACUUCCUGCCAAUAUCAGCGCUGAGAAUAUUGGUGCGUUUUAUUCUUGGGCAACUAUCGGAUUACUAAGUACCAACGUUACGACUUUCACCAUUUCAAAAGAAGCGAAAGUUCGGUCAAAGAGCACAACGAUAAUCGUCGGUGUCGGUGAACUAGUUGAACUUGAAAUGGAAAUCGAACGUAAUACGAAUAUCGACAAACUUCGUUGGCGCCAUAACGGAGGUGGAAUAAUAAAUGAUUGGAAUGGCAAGACUAAAGUGAUUAUUGAAAGUGUUCGAACUCUAGAUGGAGGACUAUACGAGUGUUACUUUGAAGGCGAAAGGGAAUUGGGGCUUCAGAGUUAUACUCAACUCAUUGUAAGAGGCUGUCCGUCUCCAAGAUGGGACGCUGAGUGUGACAAAGACUGUCCAGUUUGUUACAAUGGGGGUGUAUGCCAUCCAACUACAGGAAAUUGUGUUUGUCCUUCUGGGUUCAUGGGCGAUGAUUGUAGUGAACCAUGUGGAGAUAACAACUGGGGCCGUUCCUGCUCAGCAGUGUGUAGUACAUCAAACAGGGGGUGCGGUGCCAUUUUGUUCUGUUUACCUGAACCAAUGGGUUGCUCGUGUAUGGCUGGAUAUAAAGGACAUGACUGUAAAGAAU